AUUGAAUCGCGACAAGAAAAAUCAUUACAUGCGAAAUUUGAGCAAGACUCGAGUAGCCCAAAGCACCCAAGAGCACCAUCAUACUUGCUAGAAUAACUCCGACACCUUCUCGGUCACUGACUGGUCGCCGUCAAGCCUAUCCGCCUGCCGCCGAAGAAUAUCUGCCCUCAGUUUCGCAAACGCUCGCUGGAUCCUCUCCUUUGACUCAGGGUCCUUCCCUAUUGUCUUCCGGGCGGAAUAAACGCCAGUGAUAAGCCCCGAUUCACCACCCACAAACAAGCCCCCAGCAGAAAACAAUGCGAACAUCGCCAUGUCACCCAGCGUUGUGGGUCGGAGCAUAGGGCUCAGAUCAGGAACCGGCUCUGUUUAACAACAGGCACGAAGGGAAAACGUUAGCAAAAACUCCGCCUAACAAACCCCAUAUGUAAGAUCAUAUUUUUCCGCACGCCUACCUAGCCGGCCGUUUGCAAACUGCACAUGCGUGGGCUUCUCUGCAACCCGGAAUGCAGUAAACAUAUCCAUCCUCACUCGCCGGACGCGUAGCCCAAGGUACAUUCCCAGGCCGAUACCGAUGAUCGACCCAAGGGUAGUGUGCGUGGCAAGCUUUGACGCGGCGGAAUUCAGUGUAUCACGGUCCGAUUGCUGGAGAUUAUGUUUCAAGUGUUCCCGCGCCAGAUCGGCAAGCUCCCGGCGGGUCGUGCCGCGGAAGGCUGCGAGCGAAUCGGGCAUUAUUGUUCUGGGUGUAUAUUUUUCCCGUUCAGCCUGAUAAGCUAUGUAUAUAUAUAACUGGGUUUAAUCGGUCAUUGGGAAGGAAAUGCGGAUUUUCGAUCAAUGCAACUAUGGCGAACGGUUCAUGAUGGUUAUUGCCUUUGACGAGGUUUGAUAGUUUAGCUGUAGCUAUAUAAGCUUCUCGAUCGAUGACGUCAUUGAGAAGUAGUUGAACUGGAGCUAUUCUGACAUCAGACCUGGUGGCUUCACAACAAACUGCUGCGAAGGAAUUGCACUAUAGGGAUUAUAGAGUUUGCAAUUGCUCGUGGCGCUAGGUGGAUAAUUCACAAAUGCAAUGAAUGCUGCCCGUAGGAACUUGGACAGCAAGUAACUUAUGAUAUCAUAAGAUAUGGCAGGCAGAACAGGCAUGUAUGCAAAAGCAUAGCAAUUAGGGCUAUGGAAUCAAACGAUAUCCCUUUCAAAACUCAUCUCAACAGUCGCUAUCAUAUCCUUACUGUACCACACAAUAUAGAAUACCAUCUGCCUUCAACAACGAAAAAAAUGUCGCAAGAAGCAUAUCAAGCCGAAAGAGAUCUGAACACCUACCAAGCAAAGACGGGGAGGGCCAAAGAGGGCGUUAGUGACACAACCGCAGAAUCUGGCGUCGAUGCCAGCGUAGAAUACAAAUUCCCCGGCUCUCAAGUGAAAUACGGCCCUGGAUCCACGGCAAGUGGGAGCGAUCAUCGCAUAAUUCCACCCGAAGAAGGAGGACGAUAUGAUGACCGCGGACAUUUAACCAAGGGGGAGGACUUUCUUGGACAAGGGGGGUCAGAAGAUACAUUGAGAAUGGAAACCGAGAGCAGAUCUGGAGAUCAGGAUACGGCGACUGGGCGUAUGCCGCUGAAACAUUCACAGGAGUAGAUGGUGCAGUAUUGGUUUGUUUGGGGAUCUUUUGAAACAUAUUAAGUGGGGUUUUUUUUCAGAGUUGAUAUGAAGACAAAGGUAGGCAGACAGCUUUGAACAGAAUGGGCUGAAAUUGCAUGCAGCGCUUUAUGCAAUGCAAGUUUGAUGUAAUAUGCUAUUUGAAGAGGCCGGACACUUGAACAUCUAAGCCAGGUCAAAAAUAUAUUCAGGUGAUGUGGAAAUUCAGGUUUGAUGUGUGUGAAUGAGAUAUCAAAGGUGACCAGAGCGUGGGAAUGCAACUUACGGGAGUUCGGUUCUUUUUCAUCCUCUUUUUAUCACUUAACUCCGAAUUUGACGCAGCCUCUUACCUCCUAUACUAUUAUAUUUCCCUUCAUGAUCCAUAUUCACUUGUUUUAACACUUAUUCAUUCAUUUAGGAUCCCAAAUAAUAAGUUCAUUUUUAGGCUAGUAGAAAAGUAGGGUUAUAGUUAACAUAGCCAAG